AUGCUGUUAAAGCUUAGAGUAUAUUGUCUUCCCUUUGCUUAUGAAGCCUCCACCCACCGGCCCACCCUACAUUUAGCGGAUCAUGUGACUCGGGGCAGCCUAAGAAACAGGAUGUUAAUGCUUGACGGAAUGCCUGCAGUCCGAGUCAAAGCUGAGCCCCUGGAAUCGGAACAAGGGUCACCUAAAGUGCGCCCUUACUCUGCGAUGGACGGCGUCCCCUUCUUCCUCAGCAGAGUUAAAUCGGAACCUCCAGAAGACCUGCUCGCUCACGACCUGCACUUCCACACACAGACCGAGCCAGUCGACCUGUCAAUCAACAAACCCCGCCCCUCCUCCUCAUCCACCACCCCUACCACCACCUCGUCAUCCUCCCCUCUCAGAUACGCUUUCUCGCCGUCUUCUUUAUCGUCGUCAUCCUCCUCCUCCUCCUCUUCCUCCUCUCCAUCGGUUAUCACCUCAGCCGCGUCGGUGCUCACGCCAGGCCCUCUGGUCGCCCCCGGAAGCGGGGUGAGAGGUCAGCCGUAUUUGCACAUCCUGCACUCUGUGCCGCCGCCUCCGUCCAGUCCCCUGAGCCUACAUGGAGCGGGGAAGCUGGCCAGCCAUGUCCACCGCAUCCCAGUUGUGGUACAGUCACUGCCCCUCAUGUACACCACUGCCGUUCGAUCACCCUCCAGCCUCAACAACGCCAUCAUGCUACCUCUGCUGGACGAGGUGAAAGGCCAUGGCAAAGCACACACAGACCACAACGGCCUGUCGCCAAGGCAGAUCAAGAGUGACAGCGAUGACGACGACCUGCCAAACGUGACCUUGGACAGUGUUAAUGAGACCGGCUCCACUGCGCUGUCUAUAGCCCGCGCCGUACAAGAUUCCAUGUCCCCGUUCAGUAUUGACAGCAUACGGCGCCCCCGGAGGUCAGAGUCACCCGAUUCCAAAAAGAGAAGAAUUCACAGAUGUGACUUUGAGGGCUGCAAUAAGGUGUACACCAAAAGCUCCCAUUUAAAAGCACACCGGAGGACGCAUACAGGGGAAAAGCCAUACAAAUGCACCUGGGAUGGCUGCACGUGGAAGUUCGCCCGCUCCGAUGAGCUGACGAGGCAUUACAGAAAACACACAGGGGUGAAGCCCUUCAAGUGUGCAGACUGUGACCGCAGCUUCUCCAGAUCUGACCACUUGGCCCUGCACCGACGGAGACACAUGCUGGUGUGAAUCAGACGGAGAGAGAUAAAGAGAUGCAGAGGAUGGAGAGAGAGAGAUCAACGGAACAGACACACACAAACAGAUAGGCAGCCGGGGGAGCGGGAUCUCCCUAUGAAUGUUUUUCAGCUGGCCUGGACGCACACUCAAACACACACACACACACACACACACACAUAUUAACGCACACACACUUACACACAUACACUCUCAUCUGUCGUGAGGAGAGAAGAUGGAGACGUGCACAGAGCUUGUGGAGCACAAAACAGGGUCACUUCUGGAUCCUCUUUGGGUUGGAAGGAAUGGACGGCAGGAUCUGUUAUUGUUAUUCUUUGGAGUCUAAUAGGGAACUGUCUUUUACAGCACUGUUUGUAAAUGUUUCACCUUGAUUUUUAAAGAUGAACUCGCACUCUUUAUUUGGACAAAAAAAUAUAUAUAUAAUGCAAUCGCAACGGUCUCUUUUUUGGUAUCUUUCUUUUCAUUAUUGUUCAAAUGGCUGCUUUUCCAGCACUCAUAAUGUGAAAGACCCCAAUGCAUGGAAUGGAUUUCCUGUGUGAGCAGAAAGAAGAAGAAGAAGUUAGGCCUGGAUUGGAUCACAGGAAAGGACUUGGGCCUAGUUGGAGUUACAGGCAGUAUUGUUGCGCCGUGCCUCCCUGUGAGUCUAAUUUGUGACCAGCAGAGGACGCCAUUUCAUCACGGAUGGUUUCCUUUGCCUGCUGGAGCCUGCUGUUCAUCGGCUGGACUUUCACCUGUCUCAUUACCAGCAAAAAGGACAUUAACUCAACAACCUGAAUGAAUCAACCUCAUCAACAUGUCCACUUUUACAGAAUAUUCACUGAUUUUAUUUCAAACAAUGAAAACUGGACACGCAUAAAUAUCAUCACACCAGCACACCGUUUAUGACCCAACUCACAGGGCUGGACAACCCCAAAUGUCAACAGUGCUAUUCUUUAUGUUGAGCCUCUUAAAAAAAAAACAUUUUUGGUGGAAUUUGUGCUGUGAUUAGCAAUCCGUAAAGUGCAAUCUUAAAGGAUAAAUAUACUUUCAGUAUGACAACGUUUUGUUAAUUGAAUCUUGCUUCUUCUUUUUUUUUUUUUUUUUUUUUAAUGCCUGCUUAUUGCUUAUGUUUGAAAAAUACAACCCCUCAUGUACAGUGAACUUUGAAACAAUCAGAGGAGAUUUCCAGUAUGUGAAAAAAAAAUAGAGGCACCUUACAGACUCAUGCUUUCAUUCUGUUCCCGAUUGAUCUGUUUUCUUUUUAUUAUUAUUAUUCAGCUCUGUUUUUCUCAGCUGGGUUUUGACAGUGAAAGGAACUCGCGUUGUGGUUUUGCACAGCGGCACUUGACCAUUAAGCUGAAACUGGCAUCGGCUGCAGUGUUACAGGGAUAGUGUGCUACCUGAUGUACAAUACAGAAGAGCAAUACAUACUGAACAAAGUGAUGAGAGGGAACGCCAACCUCCUCUUUGUUCCGUUUGCUGAUGUCAAUAUCGGAGGAGUAGUUUCUAACUGGGCCAACUCCUCACUCGGUACCGCGACUCCCUCUGUUUGAUUGGUUCGUAGUUCCAGAACAAGGCUCUAAUCUGAUGUGUCUCAGUUAGGGAGUUACUCUGAAUCAUUUUAUUUUGUUUUAUUUUGUUUGUCUGAAAUACAGAAAGUCACUUGAAAUGUUCUCACCUCAGACCAGAUAUAUGUUAUCUGAUUUACCUGAGAUUUGGCUAUAUAAAAUGAAAAAUGGAGAAAUCGCAUAUAAUACAUAUAUAUUAAAAAUGCAUACAUAUGAAUACAUUUGGUAUGUACAGUAAGACUACAUUUAUAUAUGCAGUCCCUGGCAGGAAUAUCUUAUCUCUUAGAGAACAUCACUUAACCUUAAUCAGGAAAUUGAAUCAAAAAAGUACAUUUUUAUAGUCAUAUUAAGAGGUAGUUUUGCAAGUAUUUCCAAUAGUCUUCAUGCUGUUAAAACCUGCAGACAUAAACUCAGAGCAUCAGGCCAUCCCAUAUUAUUUGAUAGUGCUGCUAAAUGCAUUUAUUGGAUCGCAGCCAGUAAAAAGAAAUGGCAACCUUUUUUGAUAAUAGCACCUUGAAAACCACACACACACACACACAGUCCUGUUUCCAUCACUUUAGAGGACAUUGAUUUACAUUCAUGUCCUGUAGACCCUAACCCUAACUCUAACUGCUACAUGCCUAAUCCUAACCCUAAUCCUAACUUUAAUCUAUACUGAACCUUAAACAAAGUCUUCGUCCUAAAAUGUAACAAUUUACACUAUGGGACGUACGUUACGUGCAUUUUGUCCCCAAAAGGAAGGCGAGUCCCCACAAUGUGAGUAAACAGGUUAGGCCCCCAUGAGUAAUACAGGCCCCCACACACACAGACACACACUCACACAGAUAAUGCACACUCAUGCACAUAUAACACACACACCUGCACACUUUGCAUCGAAAUCCUCACUUUUCAGAAAAGUAGCCAAAUCCAGGAAGUCAUUUCCACACAUGCACCCAAUGUUUGUGACACCCAUUUGAUGUCAUGGUAAUGUAUGUUAUCAUAAUUUAUGUAUAUUGUUUUGCGCACAUGUCAUUAUGCCCAGUUGUAUUAUCAAUUUUUUUUUUGGCAAAAAGCAUAUCAGCACCUUGUUUGUUUAUUAGUAUGAUUUUUCAAAUUAUUUUAUUUCAGAUGUCAAUUUAUAAACAAAAUAAUCAUCAUCAUAUUUUAUCCUCCAUAUAAUGUAUAAGAACAUUUUAUUAUCGAGGGGCACUUCAUCUUUGCAUAUAACUCUUUCUUCUUCUGUAAAAAGGAUCUUUUGAAAUGUUGUAAUAUAUGUGAUAGUGAAGAUUAUUACAAAGUUCUACAGCCUGUAUAUACAUUGGAAAAAUAGGGCUUUUGAUUAGUAGAUGCAGGAAAUACAUUUAUACAUGUAAAGUCUUUUUUUCAGAGACUGUAAUUUAUCUAAUUUGAUAUACAGUGAAAUGGGGCUAAUGGUAUCCAUCAUGUAAAUGAUCAUUAUGUGAUGUUAUAGAACAGUUUGCUUUCUUUGGUUUGUGGUUAAAUAAGUUCAUGAUCAAAUCAUUUAUAUUCCCAAGGCUGAACCAGUGUUUGCUAUAAUCAACAAAUUAUUUAUAUACAUUGACCGUAUUAAGGUACUCGAUUCCCUGUGUUGCUAUUUUGCUAUAUACCCGGACAAGAAAUUCUAUUGAUCAAGCACAUAUCAACAACACGUGUACUCUGGUAUUCAGUGUAUGACGUUGCAUGCCUUACUACACCGCUCGACUCAAUUAGACUUGAACAUGUGUCUCCACAGGACAGGGUGUGUUAUAUUUCCCCUCAGCAUCUCUUUCCUCAUUUUAAAGCAUAAUUUUGUAACGGUAACCAGGGUCAAAGUUAUGCAAUAAUAAUGAAUAGUGCCUCAUAUUGCAAACUUGUAAUAUCAACUGCUCUGUGCAGAGUUUGGAUUUGUGUGCUCAAAUUAAUAAAUAUCCAAUGGGAAACCAUCAAUUUUGAAAUAAAAAAAAAAAAAAAAGCACAGACAACAUUAUGCAAGUCGGACCUUUAAUGUUUAACUUUCUUUUCGCACUGAGCCUUACGCCAUUGUGUCAAAUGCAGCAUCCUCCCAUAACACUUUCCCAGGCUGUUUAUAGCUCGCGUUAUUACUUUUGCUUGCAAUAAGUCACUUCCUCCGAGGGGAACAGAACUGAGUUACUGAGGCCUCUUGAUGUUUCAGCUUCAUCACAUGAAUUCAACACGGAAGAUAAUGAGGAAUCUUGUGGCUGGGAUCCCGGCUGUAGAGCGACGCCUUUGUCAAUGAAUACUGAUCUUACACUUCUCUAUCAGUUCAAUAUCUAUUUUACUUUCUGUGUAACAUCUGCUUUUGAUUUCCUGGGUUUUGAGAAUUUAAGUAGUGAAGCCAAUGCCUAUGUUUCAAGUUUGCUGAUAUUACGUACAGUAAUCGUUGUUCCUGUAUUUAUGUAAAGUGAGUGUAGUGUAAAUAUAUUCAAAUCUUUUCAUUCUUACUGUAAAAAAAAAAUUAAAUAAAAAUUGUGAUAUUGCUCAGCAUCACUUCAAAAGGGAGAUUCUGCUCAUGGAAUUCCACAUCUGUAAAAGAAAUUUUUAAUCCUGAUAUUUUUCAAAACUUCAAGAACAGGUGUCCUUUUUUUUUUUUUCUUCGCUUUUCUUUUCUCCAAGAGUUGUUUAAGUAUUCAGUCAGUGUUUUGCCUUUUUCUCUGUAUUUUUCAUAUGGAUGGAGCUGUGAAAUUAAAAUAAGUUCAAACAUAUACAUGUAUAUUAAUAUGAAUGGAGGCAUGAAGGUUAAUAAAGUUGCAUUUUGUAUGUAA